AUGUCGAGCUACAGCCGCCAUCGACACGGAACGCCGUCGCCCAAAUCCCGACCGAUUCGCCAGAAGCUACAGUUCACGUCCAGCGACGGAGAAGACGACUCCAUCGAGGACGUCUGCAACAGCACCGGGGGAGAGUCCGGCUUCACCGAGCUGGACUCCCCGACGCCCGUGCGCCGGGAGUCGGCGGGCGAGCUGCGGGAGGGCGGCAGCAGCCCCCUCAACCACUCCGGCGGAGACGACGAGGUGGAGCUGUGGGGCGAGGAGAGCUUCGGCUCCCCGUCGACGCAGUCGCCCAGCAGCGUGAUUUUCGCCCACUGCUCGCCGUCGCCGAAGAAGGCGUCUCGGCUGUACGGAGGCUCGCCGGAGCGGAGCUACGUUCAGGACGACGGCGAGGGCUCCAGCUCCCCGAUCCCGGACUGCCCGGACACCCCGCCGCAUAAAACCUUCAGGAAGCUCCGGCUCUUUGACACGCCGCACACACCGAAGAGUUUGCUGUCCAGAGCCAGGGCCUGCGCCCCCGGAUCUUCCAGCAGGAGAGUCGCUCUCUUCAAGAACGUGGAGUCUCCGCGAAAGUCGUUCACGGGCAGCUGCAGGAGACCGCAGGCCCCCCUGGUCAACAUCAACCCCUUCACCCCGGACUCCCUCCUGAUCCAGUCCGCCACCCAGCAGAGGAACAACAGGAAGCGAGCGCACUGGAACGACUCCUGUGGAGAAGACAUGGAGGCCAGUGACGGUGAAGGAGAGGAGGAGAUUCUCCCACCAUCUAAGAGGAUCACCAUUAAGGAGAGCAAUAUGAUGUCCCGCUACGCCUCUGAGUUUCUCGAGCUGGAGAAAAUCGGCUCUGGGGAGUUCGGCGCUGUUUUCAAGUGCGUUAAACGGCUCGAUGGCUGCAUCUACGCUAUUAAGAGGUCAAAGAAACCCCUGGCAGGAUCCGUGGAUGAACAAAAUGCUCUGCGGGAGGUGUACGCCCACGCCGUGCUGGGCCAACAUCCUCAUGUGGUGCGGUACUACUCGGCCUGGGCCGAGGACGACCACAUGCUCAUCCAGAACGAGUACUGCAACGGCGGCACGCUGUCCGACAUCAUCGGUGAAAACUACAGGCGGUUCAGCUACCUGUCUGAGCUGGAGCUGAAAGAUCUGCUGCUGCAGGUCUCCCGAGGACUCAAGUACAUCCACUCCAUGUCUCUGGUGCACAUGGACAUUAAGCCCAGCAACAUCUUCAUUUCGCGCAAAUCUGUAGCGAGCUGUGAUGAUUCUGAUGAGGACGACGGAGUAACGACCAGUGUUGUUUACAAAAUCGGUGAUCUUGGUCACGUGACCCGAGUAAACAAUCCACAAGUGGAGGAGGGGGACAGCAGAUAUCUGGCCAAUGAAGUUCUCCAAGAGGACUACAGAAACUUAACAAAGGCAGACAUCUUUGCUCUGGCUCUGACGUUGGUCAGCGCCUCGGGGGCCGAACCUUUACCCACCAACGGGGAAAAGUGGCAUGAUAUCAGGCGGGGGAAGUUACCCACAAUCCCACAAGUGCUUUCUGUAGAGUUCCUCGGUUUGCUUAAGCUGAUGAUCCACCCUGACUCGACCCGGCGACCGUCAGCCUCUGACCUCAUAAAACACCCGGUGCUUCUGACAGCCGCUAGGAUGAGUGCCGACCAGCUCCGAGUCGAGCUCAACGCGGAGAAAUUCAAGAAUGCUCUGCUUCAGAAAGAACUGAAGAAAGCGCAGCAAGCCAGAGCGGCAGCUGAGGAGAAGGUUUUGUCGACUGACCGGAUCCUGACGCGCUCCACGCUCCAGUCUAACCCCAGACCUUCGAGGCUCAUUGGAAAGAAGAUGAAUCGGUCGGUCAGCCUUACGAUCUACUGAGACUUUACUUCUACAGGAACUCAAACACGAAGGCUCAUGGACCUUUUAAAGUCGGCCUGUUGAGGCGAACUGGUCUUGUUUUUCCUUUUUGGAGAAGAACCAGGUCCGUUAUGUUGGGAACUUCUGCCCAAGCUGUAGACCUACUACACUGAACUGGAAGUACUCUGGAUAAGCUUUUGUAUAGUUCAGCCCUGUUUCUGUUGGGCCUUUCCCUUCUGGGGGAAAAAAAACAAACUUCUUUCCUUAAAGGUACUUGCUUUACCUUUCACACUCAGUCAUUCCUUAAGUUUGCAAAGACAUCAAGCUCUCUCCUGGAUGGCCGUUGCACUUCCCCGGACAAAGCCACUGCCCGUUGGCCGCAGAUGGGAGCUGCAGCGAAGCUCUCCUCAGAGUGAAUGUACUUGCCUUAGCCGUGCGCACCUUACUGCCUGUCACAAGCCUGAUGCUGGGUACCUGAUGGUCUGACAACUGACGAUGUCUGUUUGUGAAGGAGCACUUUGGAGCCAACAUGUAGUGCUUCUACCUACCACAGCAUUUUAAGGAAAAAGUAUCUUGCUGCUAUUGAUGUUUUGUAUGUAUAACGGGGCUUUGCUCAAAGUUUGGACCAUUGUUGACUCUUUAUUUUGAAGUGGAAGGAGUCCAUUUCCACCAUUUAAUAACACUCAUUGGUUUAGUGUUUGGAUGCUUUUUGUAUCAUGUGAUCCGAGGACUUAAUUUCAUCUGUUUUGAAUUACUGAAACCAGUGAUCUGGCUCGUUAAUUGUGAGGUUUGGACGGAUCCGCUCUUUGAUUUAGUUUCGCUGUUGGUCUUUGACGCCAGCCCCUCCUGUAGCAUUAGAACAAUCAUUGUCCUGUUCUUUGGUUGCCAAUCUGUUCUCCUGUUCUGCCAUCCGCUUCACAAAGCUGUUAAAAGCCUUUUCUCAUCUUCAUGUUCUUGUAACCCCUUACACAGAAAGCUUUUUUUUGUGUUAACAUGUAAAUAUGUUCCAUAAUAAACUCUCACAUCACUU